UUUAUUAAUUUUUUUUCGGGGCAAAAAUGGCUGCCGGUCUCAUCUAACCCUCCUCAGUAAGGAUUAACCAAGCCUGGAAUAAGCUGCAGAGAGCGACGUUGUUUGCGGACACAGCUCUGAUCAGAGCAGCGGGGCGUAGGGUGCGCAGCGCCUGCACAAAGAUGAUGCUGCUUCCAGAGUGGACAAACCUUUACGACUCAGAAUUAACCCCUUUUAGCACAACACCCAAUAAUAAAUGAGAAGAAUGAUGCACCGAUUGAGCGGCAGCAGCAGUGACUUCUGUAUCAGUGGGCUGACAGAGGACUGUCAUCCAGCCAGUCAUUUUGAUUUAUGCAGCACCCACUCCAACAAGUUUUACGCCUCUCCCACAAACCCUGGUUUGCAGCUGUCCCUUGCCAGCCUUGCCCCCUUGCCGCAGGGAAUACACAAAGCUAUGACAUGCCAGUUGCAGGAGACCGCCUGUGACUUCCAGCCACAGGCGGUGAGAAUUGGGGCCGGCGAGGCCUUGGUGCCCGAUGGUUCCAAGAAAAAGAAAAAUUCAGUUAAAUCAGGGCGGAGAGGGAGGCCGUCCGGGACCACAAAGCUGGCUGGGUAUCGCACAAGCACUGGACGUCCUCUUGGGACUACCAAAGCGGCGGGGUUCAAAACCAGCCCGGGGAGGCCCCUCGGGACCACCAAGGCCGCAGGGUACAAAGUCAGCCCAGGAAGGCCCCCCGGCAGCAUCAAGAGUCUAGCUCAUCUCAAGAAGCUGGAGUUUGGUUGUGAUGCUGCUAAAACACUUGACUUGAGCAACUGCAGUAUUUCUAAGAAACUGGACUUCCCUGGCAGUGAUGUUGCGCCUUUUCCAUACGCCAUUAUGGAAACUAGAGACCUCUGUGAAGCCAGCAGCAAAGUGGAUGAACCCAGCGAAUAGUUCAACAGAUGUCUCUGUUAUUUGGUUGCAUGAGCAUGCGUCAGAAAACAUUUUUUUAUAUAAAAAAAAAAAAAAAAAAGAAGAAACUGUCUCACCUUUCACUCAGCUAAUAAGUGAAUUAAAGUGUAUUUUAUUUAUGCGCUGAUGCAUGCAUGCAAAAAAUAAAAAUAAAUAACACAAUCAUCAGAAAAAGGGAAAAAAAAUAUUUAUAAGUAGCAAUUCAGACCUUAUAUGUCAGAGUAAUUUUGUUCCUUCAGUCAGGGUCAGCCCUAGGUAUAACAGAACUUUGAAUCUUCUUAGGGGCCCAGCCUAAAUGACAGGUUGACCGUGUGGUAUGUUGAAAAAAAAUUACACUAAAACUAUAUAAAAUGAUCACUUUGUCUGUAGUGCUAUUUAUUUAUGUAAUAAUGCAAAGUGACUAAGCAAAAUAGAUUAUGUCAUAGAGUCAAUUGAAUUAAUGUUGGUUCGCCAGUCAGCUGUAAUGCAAGCUAACUAAAAGCAGAAUGAAGAAAUGACCAAACAUGGACACUGAAGGUGAGGUCAACUGAAGAUGGGCCCCCAAAUGAAAUUCUGCUUCGGGCCUCAUGCUUCCUUAAGCUGGCCCUGGCUCCAGAGCAUUUCUUCCUGAUGGACUGUGUUUUUGUUCCAUUUUUACUUUUUGAAACGUUUAUUUGAACCAGCUCUCACCCUGUAAUUGUUUUUGUCCGUUUGAACUAGUCUAGUUGUAGAGUAUUUGUUUUACAAUGUGAUAUAACCCAGCACCAAAGCUACACAAUUAGAAAUGCACUGAUCGGGCUUUUCCUUGCUGAUACAGAAAAAAGAUAAUUGUGAUUUCUGGCCGAAUGAUCGGUGCAUCUCCUUAAGCAGUUUGUGUUUUUUAUUUAGCUGAAACUGGUAUAACUUACUACUUUGAGCACAGUAUUUAUUCUUUCUACACUUUGUAAAUAUAGAUGUAUUUCCUAUUUGUCCUUGAACUUAUCAUAAGCACUCUCAUUUUUAUGUGUUCUUAUACUUGUCACUAUUGAAAAUCAGAAAUAUGCAUUGUGGAUUAUAUAAUAAAUCCUAAUGUGCUGUAUGUGAAACCAUAAUAAAAAUCUUUUCAACUA